GGGUUGGACACAAGGGGGAAGGGGUAAGAAAUCUGCGGGGUCGAUCGAUACCAUUUCAAAUACGUAGUUUUCAAGACCUGCCUGUUGCAGUUUGUUGCUCAAAAAUAUCUCUAAGUUGAAUAACACUGCGUUAGUGCCAAAGAUGAACGUGGAGGAAGAGGAAUUUUUAAAUCAAUUUCAAGGAGAAAUACUGGAGGGCAUCAUCGACCUCCUGAUUUUGCAGUCGGAUAGUAUUAGCGACUUCUCAACUGAGCCAACCGGUCCUCCGCUAGUGGUAUCCGUACUCUCGUCAAUUUCGCAAACUGAAGAGUACUGGUUGCAUGUGAUAAAAUGCGCUGUACGAAAAGUCCCCCACUACGCUAUAAAUGUCAUCAAUGAUAUAAUUACGGACAUGCCAUGCCCUACUGUAGAAACUGUCAACAGGCUGUUUCGCGAGAAAUUCCAGCUAUCGUCUGCGCGCGCGGCCAAUCCGCGCUACAAUCGCCAAGCGGAGAGGAACAUUUGUGUGGUGCUUUCUUGCCUAGCCAACAAGUUGGCAGGGGGGCCAAGUACGCGAAUAUUCACGAGAAAUGUUUGCAACUAUCUUUUCCAGUUUUUUGUACUGCGGCACAGAUCGCGGCAAUUAUUGAUGGCUUUCCUUACACUGGAAAAGUUCGCUGUUACAAGCGAAAACAAAAUUAAAAUCGAACAAAAACUUGCACAACUAGGCAGAAACCCUUUACUCGAUCUGUUGGAGUACGAUAAUUCCGAUGAUUGUGUUUGGCGCCAAAUCGGAUUUUGUGCCAGAUGGGCUUUGGAUAAUACUUUUACAGUACCGGGGCGGCAACCUUCUUACCUAUCUGUUGAUAUGAGUCGCAUAAAUGUGAUUUUCAACCAAAAUACCCAAAGGUUUAUGAAAAUCUCUCCCGACGGACUGGAGGUCCGUUGUGACACCAGUGACUUUGGAACAUUGCGCGCGACGUGCGAAGUGACCCGUGGGUCUUUUUAUUUCGAAGUUCGCUUGAUAACAGGCGGUCCGAUGCGCAUAGGCCUUGCUACGUCGGAAUCUAAAAUGACGGAUACUUAUGCCAUUGGAAGUGAUGAAAAUUCUAUUGGUUACGACGGCAGCACAAGGUGUCUUUGGAGCGAGGGCGCUUCUCGCUAUAUGUUCGGAAUACAGUUUUGGCGUCCUGGCUAUGUAUUCGGUUUCCACGUAAAUACCAUCAGGAGAAAGAUUCACUUGGUACAAAACAGGUCAAUCGUAACGAUAAAUAUGCCUGAAUUUUUUGAUAACCCUCGGCGCACCAAAAGAUUUUACCCUGCCGUAACCAUGGCACCGUACGUACAGUGCCGAUUCAAUUUCGGUUCCGAACCAUUUGUCUACCGUGUGCCUGAAGAAGGUCCAUACUCGACUUUCAAUGAAGUCGGUCAACUCACCCCUGAACAAAAGAUGGUGAAACCCAGGAACUUAUUCCAAAUGGAGAAUUCUGUCUUUAACGAGAACAACAACGCCUGCAAAAUAUGCUACGAUAAUCCCGUUAACGCAAAACUGCUUCCGUGUGGCCACGACACAUUUUGUCGUGCGUGCGCAUCCAGAUUCCGGGUUUGUCCUAUUUGUCGUAUCAUAAUAACUAGUCGCAUCUAAGAUGUAUCUCAUUUUUCCGUAUAUUCUAUGUGUUUUUUUUAUUGUAUCAAAUAUAAUUGAUAUUAACUUUUCUACGAUUUUAUGUGAAUGGGGAGAAAAACUUAAAAGUCUAAGUAGGUAACGCCAGCGCGAAGUGUUAGUCUGUUGUUUAUCGAAGUUUUUAUAUAUAUUCG